CGCGCGAGCGCGCGGGCAUGCCGACACCCACUCGGCCGGUCCCGGCGCCCCGGCUCCCGGAAGCGGAAGGGGAGCGCGGCCCGGCCUGGGCGGCGGAGGCACGGGGGCGAGUGGAGAGCUGCGGAGCGGGCGGCGGUACUCACAGGGAACUGUUCUGGAUGGGAGGCCCGUAUGAUGGGAUAAGCACUAUAAAGAAAUAAAUAAAAGGAUGAAUCAAGAAGACACUACUUCUAAAUGCAAGUGCCAGAAAAAUCACAGCUCCUCUUCGUGAACUUGCAAGUGGAUUGUCUUCCUGUGGGUUGGCAGGCAGUUCUAGGACUGCAGAAUGGGGCUUCGGAUUCACUUUGUUGUUGACCCACAUGGUUGGUGCUGCAUGGGUUUGAUUGUCUUUGUCUGGUUAUACAAUAUUGUUUUAAUUCCCAAAAUUGUCCUCUUUCCUCACUAUGAAGAAGGACAUAUUCCAGGCAUUUUGAUAAUAAUAUUCUAUGGCAUUUCCAUAUUUUGUUUGGUUGCCUUAGUGAGGGCCUCCUUAACUGAUCCUGGAAGACUCCCUGAAAACCCCAAGAUCCCACAUGCAGAGCGGGAGCUGUGGGAGCUGUGCAACAAGUGUAAUUUGAUGAGGCCAAAGCGAUCCCAUCACUGCAGCCGCUGUGGCCACUGUGUAAGAAGGAUGGACCACCACUGUCCUUGGAUAAACAACUGUGUAGGUGAAGACAACCACUGGCUCUUUCUGCAGCUGUGUUUCUACACUGAGCUUCUGACUUGCUACGCACUGAUGUUUUCUUUCUGCCACUAUUAUUAUUUUCUUCCACUAAAAAAGCGUAAUUUGGACCUCUUUGUUGUUCGGCAUGAGCUGGCUAUCAUGAGACUAGCUGCCUUUAUGGGCAUUACCAUGUUAGUUGGAAUAACUGGACUCUUCUACACACAACUGAUUGGCAUCAUCACAGAUACAACAUCUAUUGAAAAGAUGUCAAACUGUUGUGAAGAAAUAUCGCGGCCCCGAAAGCCAUGGCAGCAGACCUUCUCAGAAGUUUUUGGCACUCGUUGGAAGAUCCUGUGGUUCAUUCCUUUCAGGCAGAGGCAACCACUGCGAGUACCCUACCACUUUGCCAAUCACGUCUAAACAGAUGGAUGGUGGGCACAGAUGGGUCCUCCAUGCUGGAAAUGCGUUACAGGUUUUAUGAGAAUAGAACUAUGACAGUCUUCAAGUCAAUUAAAAUCCACCCACCAAUCUUAGGCAUCAUAAUGUGCCCCAGGCUUUAUUUUAAUAGUGAUCUUGAUCCUGUUGUGGGACUAAUACAAGAUCUAUAUUUAAGUUUUAAAAGCAUGUUUACUUUCAAAUUAGCCUUUCACAGGGAUUUCUUUAAAUGCUUUUGUUACUAAACUCAAAAGGCAGUGAUUGGGAUGAAAUAAUUGUACAUAAAUUUCCUUCACUACUCACAGUAUUUUAAAUUUUAAUUUAUAAGAAAUUUGAGGUGUUUAAUGUUUACCUUUAAAUAGUACUAACCAAAUUUGAAUUUAAUUCUUCAGGUUUACAAAACUUGAUAUACUUUCUUAGAUGUAAAUUUUCUUUUUUGAAUAUAAGUUAAAAUGCUUUUCACUUCUUCCUUUUCUAUGUGCUGCAGGGUUUUUAAUAUGCAGUGUAGGGUGAGCAACAAAGGGCAGUUAUUGUCUGGGAGCAGCUCCCUGAUGCUUCCUUCUUUCCUGCUCAUCAAAAGCGAGAUACGACACACAGUGUAAUGCACCAACUACUACCUUAUUAUAAAGGAGAAAUUAAUUUUCCCUUCUGCUGCAGUUAUUGAUUGCUGUUAGAAUGUUUGCUCCCAGGAGAAAUUUGUGACCAGUCAGGCAUAUAUUCCUGUUUUACCCUAAGAUUCUAAUGACUGAAAAGGAUAGGAAGUUUGCAAUAAUUCCAGUUACUUCUUCAAGUGCAGUUAUAUCAGAAUGCAGAUGUUUUAAAAUGCUAGUAUAACUGGAUGGUGUGUAAUACACAGUAUAUAAAGGAAUACUGUGUUUUAAAGUAUGUAUAUUUUUACUUAUCUGCCAGUAGAUCUUACUGUACACAUUGAAAGUUUAUAUAUUAUAUGAUUAAUACUGGUCAACUCAUAUCAAAGUUUAAAAGUAGAUCAUUAACUUUAUAUACCAGUAGUCACCCAGGUUGAAAUUGAAUUUUCAUUGCCCCAGUUAUAAUUUGCAUCACUCUAGAGACAUUUUAUUAAUAGCUGAUGUCAGGAAAUUAUCUUCAAAUAGAAUGAUCUAUGCUAGUGAUGGUCCUUGACAAACAUGGAACCUUUUUGUAUGCGAAGAAGUUUUGUAUGGUUUCAGUUUUUUUUUUUAUUUAGAAUACCACAUAUCCACAUGUUUGAAAAGUGUGUGCGCUAGUGACCUUUCCCCUGAAAAUGAUAUUGAACAAAUCUACCAUUCUUGAACCAUAUACAUACUUUUCUUGCAGGUAGUUGUAAAGUAAGGAAUCAUAGCUGGGAAAUACUGAAACAGAGAUUAUUAUUGUUAGCCAGUCAGCUAUACUGUGACUAGUUCUUUCAGAUACUGUAAAUGUCUUAUAAAAUUUCUGAAGUAAUAGAAUAAUCUCUUUUCGGAAAUAUUAAUACCAUAUUUUCAUGUUCUAAUUAUGUUUAUUAUUUAAAAACUUAGAAGUGACAGAUGAAAAUAUUUAUUGGUGCUAAGACAUUUAGUAAGUUUAAUAUAAGAUAUUUAUAAAGGUUAGGAAACAUAAAAUUAGUUUGUUUAUUUUGGGCAAAGGGGUUGGAUUUUGUGCAAGCUGACUGACUAAAUUGGCUGAUGAUAGAUUCUAAAAGGAAGUGGUGUAUAUAUAACGUAGGGAGAUACAAGUUGAUGCCUUCAGCUAUAUGUAUUCUGUUCACAUAAGACCUGGAGCAUUCAUAGCAGAGCCAAUGAAGGCCCAGUAUGGAGCUUUGUAGACUUGCUUAUACUUUUGGAGUAGCAGUAGCUCUGACAUGAGAUAAUGGGGGUGUUCUCUUUCCCGUGCUGGGAAUGUGUGGGUCUGGUUUUCUUAGGUUUAGGCACAAUCUCUUCCCUUUGUCUGUACUUCCCCAGGUCCUGAUACCCUCUGCAGUUUCUUUCAGUUAUUGGACUACAAACCAAUGCACUAGUUUGAACUAUAGAAAUGCUAUUAUUAAUGUAUUUACAUAAUCUAUAUUGCAAUAUAUCUAUAUAUACUUAUGCAGUAUUGUCAAAUGUAUAUGUCUACCCCUACGAGGGGUUUGUACUAGAUU